AUGGGACGUGAAGAGCAAAUCGAAGAGCGGGAGGUGCUCAACUCCAUAUUCCCAGAUGAAAUUACAGACAUAUCAGAGACCGAGUACAGGAUAUCGAUCACCCUCGACAUCGGCGACGAUGAAGAUGAAGCGGAACCACCGGUCAUGCUGCUGACCGUGCGGUAUCCCGAGGACUACCCGGACAAGGCGCCGCUCUUGGAAUUAUCCGCACCGCAGAACUCGACGCCCCACCAAUACCUGAACAUUGCUGAAGAUAAGGAUCAGCUUCUCCAAGACCUGGAGGCGACAGUCGAGGAAAACUUGGGCAUGGCCAUGGUAUUCACCCUGGUGUCUGCAGUGAAGGAAGCUGCCGAGCAAUUAGUGGCCGAGCGCAAAGAAGCCGCCGCCAAGGUGCACGAGGAGGCCAUCCUGGCUGCCGAGCGCGAGGAGAACAAGAAGUUCCAUGGCACACCGGUCACCCGGGAGACGUUCCUGAAGUGGCGAGAAGGCUUUCUGAAGGAGAUGGAGGAGGCUCGGAUCAGGGAAGAGGAGGAAAGGGCGGCAGAAUUGAAGAAGGCCAGAAUAAAAGAGCCGCCCAAGCUUACUGGCAAGCAGCUUUGGGAACGGGGUCUUGCAACCGCGUCCCAGGAGGAAGGCGAUGAGGACGGAGUGCCGACGGAGGAUGUACAAAAGCUCAAGGUUGGAGAUAGCUGA